AUGGCUAAUUCAACUUCCGAGAUGCAGAUCAAGGAGACCUCUGAACUAUAUGUUCGCUGUAGCACGGUCUGCUUCGACAGAUGCGUGAGCAACUUUACGGCUCGAAAACUCAACGAUUCAGAGCUUUCCUGUAUUGAAAAGUGCACGGAAAAAUUCGCAAAAAUGAAUCAACGACUUACAUUGAGGUUAUUCGAACUGAAUAAGGAAGAGCUUGCCAAGCAGUAA